CUUACAUCCGUGACGUCCGUGACGCAGGUUCGACAGGUUAGCUGUCUGAGCAGUCCGUGCGUCCCCUCACCCGCGUCGUGUCAACAUUAAACAGUGGGAAUCGGUGGGAAUGGUGGGAAACACGCUUGUUCUACACGACUGCUCACGCUUUUUACCAAUCGUGCCGGACCGCUAACCAGCUUGUCGUUUCAUGGAAAGUGUCGCGCGCGCAUCACCUCGAGAUCGCGGUACACCGCACCAGGUCGCAUUCCAGGAUCUCGACGGGUCGACGGUACAAAAUGAAGCCUUUAAUCGAAUUCGAAGAGUGCUUACGAGAUACUCCCAAGUUUCGAUCGUGCAUCGAAGAGCUGGAGAAGAAUGUGGAUCAGCUUGAACAAAAGUUAGAUAAGGUAUUGAAAAACUGCAGUUUAACCAUCGAUACUGGGAAAGCCUUUGUUGGACAGCAAAACCAAUUCGCCAAUAGUCUAUGGGAAUUAUCUUUAUACUUCAGCGAUGAUCCAGAAAUAAUGGCAUUUUUAAACAAGCUUAUUCACGCUCUGCAAGAAAUGAACAAGUAUCACACAAUUUUAUUGGACCAAGCUUCUAGAACUGUGAUGAAGGAUCUUAAUAGUUUUAUCAAAAGCGAUAUCAAGAGAGCGAAAGAGACUCGGCACUACUUCGAAAGGAUUUCCGGUGAUCUUGAUAUUGCGCUGAAUAGGAAUUCCCAAGUACCGAAGUCCCGGCCUGCGGAAUACGAAGAGGCAUCGAAUAUCCUGUCGGCUACUCGCUCGUGUUUCCGACACACUGCGUUAGACUAUAUUCACGCGUUAACGAUGCUGCAAGCACACAAACGACACGAGAUAUUAGGCACAUUACUGAGCUACAUGCACGCAUGUAUCACUUAUUACCACCAAGGUAGCGAUCUCGCUCAAGAUUUAGACCCCUUUCUGAAAGAUCUCGAUGAAAAUUUAGUUAAGAUGAGAGGUGAUUCGAAUAAACUUGAAAAAGAAAUGGAAAAUCGUCAUAUUUAUGUCAAUAAUCGAGAUCUAAUCCCCUCUCUGGUACCUGGCAAUUCCAAGAUGGAAGGCUAUUUAUUUAAAAGGACCAGCAACGCUUUUAAAACUUGGAAUAGGAGGUGGUUCUGUUUGAAGGAUCAUCAACUGGUAUACCGAAAGCGAACAGGCGACGAAGAAUAUACAGUUAUGGAAGAAGAUUUGCGACUAUGUACUGUAAAACCCGUAGUUGAUUGCGAUCGGAGGAAUUGUUUUGAAGUUUUAAGCCCGACAAAGAGUCAUAUCUUGCAAGCGGACAGCGAAGAAACGUACUUGGCGUGGGUAACCGCGAUGCAGCAGGCUAUCGGUGCUGCUAUUCAGAGAGGCAUGAGUGUAGCUGCUAAUGUUAAUCCACACCAAUUGCAAUCGCAUGAUAGUAAGCAUCCUGCUAGGCCAUUGACAAAACUAAAGUCAAGGGUGUGGGAGCAGUUAUUAAAGAUCUCGGGUAACCAAGUUUGCUGCGACUGUGGUGACGUUAAUCCGCGAUGGGCCAGCAUCAAUCUAGGCAUUACUCUUUGCAUAGAAUGUUCUGGUGUACAUAGAAGCCUUGGGGUACACUACAGCAAAGUUCGAUCCUUAACUUUGGACGAUUGGGAGCCAGAAAUACUUAAAGUGAUGGCAGAAUUGGGCAAUUCUGUCGUGAAUAGCAUAUACGAGGCUCUGCCUAUAUCUCCCGAUAUCACUAAAGCUACACCAAAAUGUAAUGGCAACGUUCGAGAAGCUUGGAUAAAAUUCAAGUACGUAGAUCGUAAAUUUGUAAAACCUCUGACUGAUGUAAUACCAGCUGGUCAUCAUGCUAGUCGAGAACAAAUGCGAUUUCGGAAAUGGAGCGUACGUAAGCUACGCCGCAGACCACGCAGUUGCGAUAAGAUCGACAACAGUAACGAGACAUUGUCAAGGUUGUCAGCUGUAAAAGAGAAUCAUCCUUCGACCAGCUCGGACGAAAGUAAACACACCUCAAUCGAUAGUUUGAAUUCCGUUGACAAAGCGAAGAGAACGGAACGAAAUUCCAUAAGCUCGGAUGACAGUGCUAAUGUAGAUUUGAAAAACAACUCCACCCUCUAUGGAAAGAUAUUAAAUCGUUCGCAGAACGACUUGAAUGACGCUAAUAAAUAUGUUAAGAGUACAACUACAACUCAGGGAAAAACAAAGGUUGCAAGCGGCGAACCGCUUGCGAAGGAACUUAAUUCCAUAGAAAGCGAGCUAAAGUCGAAUACAUUAACAGUGAAUAUUAAUACAUUUUCAGUCGGCGAGUCGGAUGAUAAUUCCAAUAGAUCUGCCAGUAAUAAAGUUAAAGACGACAAUGAAAAUGUUUCGUUGGGAAACAAAGAUUCUCGAUCGGAGAAGCAUUGUAACGAGAAAGUAGAAUCAGCUGCUAUAUUAAUGUUUGGUUGUGACAUACCGAAGCCUGCUAUCGAUAACAAUUUAGAACUGAGUUCCGAUCAGGAUUCAACGGCUGGUGAGGAUGAAGAAUUUACCGAUGAAGAAGAUAUAGAAAAUCUACAUCCUGAGAUGCUGCUUUACAAAGCUGCAGCAGCGCACAAUUUACCUGUAAUGUGCGCAGCGCUAGCGGCCGGUGCUGACAAAUUGUGGUCUAAUGUUAAUGAUAAAAGCCGUAGUGCCCUGCAUCAAGCGAUAAUAAGUGGUUCCGUUAUGUCAUGCGAAUAUCUUCUUCUGAAUGGCGCGCGAAUCAAUUGUCAAGACGCCGAAGGGAAAACGCCGUUGCAUUUAGCGACAGAAUUAGGACACACUGCACAAGUAUGCUUACUUCUUAAACAUCGCGCUGAUCAACAUAUUAAAGAUGAAAGCGGAAUAAAACCUUUGUCGAUUGCUGUAAAAGAAGCAAAUGCCGAUAUCGUCACCUUAUUACGACUCGGCCUCCUAAAUGAAGAAAUGAAAGACUCUGAAAUAGGUGUCACCGGUGAUGAAACGUUUAAUGACGUUGUCCGUGAUUUUAGUCAGUUGGCUUGCUCGCAUCCAGAGCGAUUGCAACGUCGAAAUGAAACUACAAAUUUAUCACAUACGCUUGAAUGAGGUUUACAAAUUUGACAUAACAUUCACAAACAUUUACAAAUAAAUCAUAUUUCAUAUAUCACGAAUUACAAAAGCGCGCGCGCUGCCCUUUAAUUUGUUGCAGAAUAUCGAUCGACAUCUGUCGCAUUAGUGUUAAUAGAAGCUGGCAUUUAAAAUCGUUAUGCACGAAAAAUGAUCGAUUCCAAAUGAACUAUUCCAAAAACUGAACAAUUGUAAUUGUAAUAUCCAAAAUAAUUUGAUUACACUCUUUCUUGAUACAGCCCAUUGUUAUAACAUAAAGUUAGUUAAGAUAAUUCGAGAGCUACGAUGAUUACCUUCCACUAAUAAUUUCCUAUUCACUGAGUAAUGCAAGACACCGAGAGAUUUAUAGCAAACCCAUAUACACUAGAAUUAUUGUAUAUAUCCACUGAACUGUAUAUUGUAAAAGAAUAUAUUUUUAGCGAUUCGGUGCUUGGUAGAAUAACAACGUAUCACGAGAUAUCACGUAGCUUUUUUUAAAUAUCAAAGAGCAAAGAUAGAGCACACACACACAAAUAUAAAUACAGAUAAAGAUUACUUAUAAAUAACUUAUAUACAUAGUGUAAAACCAUAUGGAAAGAUUUGUUUAAUUCGCAUUACAUUGAAAAUCUUGCCACUAUACAGCGUGAGUCGCUUAAAAUCGGCUACCCAAAUAAUAUUUCAGAAAGAAAUGCUUCAAGUAAAAGUUGUUUGGUAUCUAGGUGAUCAUUGGGUGCGAUGGUGAAAUGUUUUUUUAAGGUGGCGAAGCUUUGAAGGAGAUUUUAAGGCCAUCUUCGUUUUUUUUAAAUGGAAUCAUGCACAUUUUCAAACUUUUCAAACUUACGAUUGUAGCUUUUUUCAAGACAGUUUCAAUGGCCAUAAAGAUAUUCAAAGUCACACAGACACGAAAAAAGAUUUAAAAAAUGUUCACCACACAUGUGAACACUACCCGCUCGAUACUACACAACUUUUACCUUAAGCAUUUCUUUCUGCCCCCAAAAUGGUAUUACUUGGAUGUUCUAAAUGACUCGUCCUGUAUAAUAAAUUUUUAAUUCACUUAUCUGGCGCGGUGGAUAUAAUCCUAAGUAAAGUAAAUUUUUUAUAUAUACAUAUAUCUAUACUUUGUUUAUCAGUGUUACAAUUAUCUACGAUUUAACUCAAUUUAUUCAUUCUGAUCACGCACAUCCCUCUCACCCACCCAUUCACUUUUAGAGAGUGACAUGACAUUAAGAGAGUAAUGAAUGAUUUUUACAAGUGUAUAAGAAAUUAUUACAUAUAUCAUGGUGAUAUACAGUCUCAUGUUAAUUGAUGAAAACGGUUUCUCGAUAUAGGUAAAGUGUAUUUUCCUAAUUUUUUAUCCAUUUAUCGUUCGGUAAUAAAAGAAAAAUAUAAGUUCUAUUGCUAAACAUUUUUAUUUGUAUACAAAACGCAAAAAUUAGAUCUGAUUAAUUUUUAUACAUUUUCUAAUCAAUAGUUGCAUAUUAUGGGACAAAAGUGUACAGUGCAACCAUAUGGAAGUUAAAUAAAUUAUCAAUUAAACAAUCAAUUUUGA